UAUCAGACGAAGAACUCAUGGAUUUCCAGCUAUUUUCUUUUAGUGUUCCGUUGACGCCCAUCGCUAUUGCUGAAGUGAAACAAGUAAUUUCUGAUUAUGAUCCAAACAUGUUGGUGGAUAAUGCUCUUACACUAGAAGGAUUCCUCUAUUUGCAUCAGAUGUUCAUUCAGAGAGGGAGACAUGAAACUGUUUGGACAGUGUUAAAGAGGUUUGGUCAUGAUCUCAAUCUACAACUGCGACAGGAUUAUUUGCUUCCAAAAAUAAAGAUCCCGCGAGGUUCUUCUGUUGAGCCAUCAGAUAUUUGCCUGAAUUUCCUUUCUGAACUUUUCAAACGUUUUGAUGAGGUAAUGAUCUUACAAUAAAUUUAUUUUUUUACUAAAUUUUGGUUAUAACUUUUUUUUCUUACUCCAUUUCCUGUAGACAAAUUGUUUAUUUCCUUUUUCCUAUUUUUUGGUUCAAUCAGUCAAAAUAAGAGUUAAACCAACUAACGUGAUAGGCAGAAAAUUAUCAAAAAAAAGUGCGAAUGAUGGCGGAGUAGAUCGUCUUAGGGCAAGUGACGUCCUUUCUUUUCUUCCCGCCAUUCUCUCCAUAUCGCGACUAAAUCGAUCGUUUCCGCUCAACGAAUCGGGUG